GGACAAACUGAAUGCCAAAUAUUUUUGAAUAAAAACAUUGAAAUUAUAUCGAACGUAGCUCAUCUCUAUCCAGUUAUUGCUGUGCCUGUGGUCGAUAAUUGGAAAGUAUACAUAAAUGAUUAUAUAACUAUACUGAAUUCACCCAUGUUAUUGGAAAACUUUAAGGAUUCCAAGUGUAUGUUCUUAGUUCCAUCAACAAGGACUUUAACUAGCCUAAGUGGCUAUUACGAAGAUUCUAUGAAAAUUGCRAUUACAAAAAUGCUCAACGACAUUGCGAUUCAAGGUGUCGCUACAACACCGCUUUAUCAAUUGCCUGUAUCACAAUCAACCACAAAAACUCUGAUUCAAAUGUAA